AUGAAAUUCACCCAAGCGGAUUGGGAACAGCAUGUUGCGAACAAUCACGUGCCGUACCGCCGUGAUUGUGCAGUUUGCGUGCACGGUGCCGGAAACGGCCGCCGCCACCACGGUGUAGUUCACCCGGAUGUGUAUUGCAUGUCAGCCGACAUUGCGGGGCCCAUCCGUGUGAAGGGCAAAGACCCAGAAAGCCGCAACCACCGACCAGCCACGUUCAAGUACUUCCUCGCUGUGUCGUACCGCUUCCCACGGCUCAAAGGAGUGAAGGAGGAGUCAGACCCCAGCCAAACCGAGGGGUUUGAUGAUGCAGCACUCCUCCCGGGAGGGACGGAUGACCUUGCAGAUGAGGCCUUUCCCGCAGCAGAAGGCCCCCCGCACGAGGAUUACGAGGACUCCCUGUACGAGCCAAGUUUAGCGGAAGAAGAGGAGGAGGAGGAGUCUGCCCGUGUAGCGCGCUUGAGUCUGCAAGACCUCGAAGGUUUAGCUACGGAGCUUAUCGAGGACGACUGGGACCUUGAUGAAGCGUUGUGGGUGUUAGCCGAAGUGUGCAGAGCAGCGCCCCAGCUGCAACACAAAGCUGGGUUGUACCGUCACGGAGGUGUCGUAGGAGUUUUAGGGGGUACCACAGAUAAGCCUUGGCUGACAGAGCUUAUGAAUAUGGUGCUUUCCGCAGUUGCACCCACAGCUGAGUACACCUCGCUUUGGUUGUCUAAUUCCACUGUUCAACCCGUGCACGCCGACCACCACAACCUGCAGGGAUCCACAAAUGUAGUCCUCCCUUUGAAGCUCCAGCCUAACGGAGGGGAUUUGUGGAUAGAACUCAAGCCUGGUGACCUAGUCAGUGGCCCUGUAGAGGAGCGGGUAGACGGCAAAGGUAGGCGCUGGUUAGGGACAACUCACAAGUUAGAGCGCGGUAAGCCCUUCUUCCUAGACCCUACUCGCCGCCAUGCCACCACUCCCUGGAAGGGUGAGAGAGCAGUGCUUGUCGGCUACACUGUCAACACGUUAGGCAAAGAGCUUGAGCACGAGUUUCAAAGCCUUGAAGCUUUAGGUUUUCCACUCCCAGCGUCGGUACGUUUACCGCUGACUGAGCAGCAAGACGUGAGACGUCUAGACGCGUUUGACUGCUUCGAAGAAGAGCCCCUUCAGGAGACAAAGGCACGUCACCCUGACGGGAAGACUUCUGAGUUAGCGCCUGGGACUGUGCUUAAAGGCGGAGGUUGGAAAGAAAACCAAGCCGUAGAAGCAGGUACUGUAGAGCUGGAGGUGUCGUGGAACCUGAAACACUCGCCGGACCAAAGGCGAACCCAGUCUGAGCACGCCCUGCUGGCUUGCCAACCAGACACCGAGACACAGGUUGAGGAGGAGGAGGAGGGCUUAAGCGAAGACUCCUUGCCGGAACAACCAGUGCUGUGGGAGUUGUGGGUUCCACACCCGCAGACAGGUGAGCAGCUGUGUGUUCUCAGGUCUGACGACUCGGACGCGAGUGAAGCUUGUGCCCUUUGCAAGUCUGAGCCGGUUUACACUACCAACGUAGAGCUGUUGCUUGACGGGUUGCAAGAACCACUGCAGGUAGUCCACACUGUAGACCCUCGGGAUGCAGAGCAAUGCAUCGAGAAGUGGAUGCCGUCCAUUCACAAGGAGAUCGGUGUCAUUGAGAAGGCUGUGCGGCGACUGCCCCCUGCAGAGGUCCGUUCCGGAGGUUGGCUAAAGCGCAAGGAAGUGAAGGUGGUUCCGUCUAAGUUUGUGUUCACAGUCAAGCCACCAGACCCUGCUGAAGCCUCCCUCGCUACCCGGAAGGGUCAGGCUUACCACAAGCGCAAGGCUCGCCUGGUCGCUUGUGGCAACCACGCCUACAGUGAAACUCAAGCUGUGGGCACUGGGACCGGGGCGCAGCAAGACCUGCAGCUGAGUGCCUUCGCUGUCCUGCUCGCCUUCUUUCAGGUCGUAGGUGCUGCCAGCCAGACAACGGACGAGGAAGAAGACUUGUCUCUCCCCGUGUCGCUUGAUGCAGAUUUGAUGUUGGCAGUAUCCAUCAUCUGCAUUGGUAUCUGCUUCAUUGCAGUGUGGGAGUUCUUCAAGUGGUGCCUUCAAGGCAUCAUCUCCCGCCGAGAGGCAGGGACACCCGUGUUGUCUCUGAGCCCCCGCAAGGCGCGCAAGUUACAGCGCCUUCGAGAUCAAACUGCGCAGGCCAUCCAGGCCGAGAUCUCUGCACGUGAGGAGGCAGCAAGCUCGCAGUCUGUGGAGCACCAACGCGUUACUUUGCAACACCCGAAGGGUUUGUUGAGUUUCAAGUGUGCCAGCAGUGCCACGGGAGCGCUGCAGACCACACCCAGCACAGCACAGGGUAGGAACUACUCCACCCUAACGGGUUGGAUCUCUCAGUGA